AUGAGCUUUCUCUGGAACAAGAAGGAUUCUGCCGACGACAAAAAAGAACCCGUUGACGUCAAGACCAACUACAUUGAGUCGGACACUGCCAGUGAGAAGAGUUUCGAUCAUGUUUUCCAGGACCCAGUGAAACUCGCCUACUAUAAGGAUUUGUACGAGAAGACAAAUUACGAGUGUAGGGAAUAUUUGGACCCAGAUCUUACUUGGACCGCCGAGGAAGAAAGAAAAAUUGUGUGGAAGAACGAUUGGUACGUCACUUUCUGGGCAUUCAUCAUGUUUACUGGUUUGAAUCUUGACAGAUUCAACAUCAAGAAUGCUCUUGCUGACAAUAUGUUGAAAGAGUUGGGACUUAUCACUAAUGACUACAAUCUUGCCAAUACCGUCAACCUUGUUUGUUUCUUGGGCGCUGAGCUUCCAUCCCAGUUGAUUACCAAAAAGUUGGGUGCUGAUGUGUGGAUUCCCAUUCAAAUGUGUCUUUGGUCCAUUGUAUCGCUUGCCCAGUUUUGGGUCAGCGGUAAGGCUUCUCUUGUGGUGUGCAGAGGUCUUAUUGGUUUGUUCGAGGGAGGAUUCAUUGCCGACAUGACCCUCUGGAUGACUUACUUUUACACCAGAAAAGAGCUUCCAUUUAGAAUUUCUUUGUUCUAUAUUUCCAACUAUUCCUCAGCCAUUCUUUCUGCCCUCUUGGCAGCUGGUCUCUUACAGAUUCAAACUGAGCGUUACCCAGAGGGCUGGAGAUGGCUUUUCUUGAUCGAAGGUGUCUUCACUUUCUUGAUCGGUGUUGCAUCAUUCUUCUUUAUGCCUGCUUCGGUUGUUUCUACCAAAGCUUGGUACAGAAAGAAGGGUUGGUACACUGACAGAGAAGAGAAGAUUCUUGUCAACAAAGUCCUUCGUGAAGACCCAACCAAGGGUGACAUGAACAACAGACAGCCUGUUGGAUUGAGGGAAUUGAUUGUUGCUUUUUUCGACAUCGACAUGUUGCCAGUCUAUAUUGUUAGAUUGUUUGGAGAUAUCAACUCUUCUCCAGUCACUACCUAUUUAUCUUUGACUCUUAGACAAUUGGGUUUCUCGACUUUCAAGACAAACAUGUUGUCCAUUCCUUUGAAUGUUAUUGGUAUUGUCAGUAUGCUUGUCAUCACAUACCUUUCAGAGAUUGUGAACAUGCGUUCGCUUUUGAUUAUGAUCACUCCAGUCUGGACAGGUGUUUGUUUAAUUGCAUUGAGAUGGUGGCCUCAAGCUCAAAUCAACGUAUGGGGAACCUUUGCUCUCUUAACCAUUAUGCUUGGUCAUCCACCAACUUGGCCAUUGUCUAUUUCCUGGUGUAUGGCUAAUUCGAACUCUGUCAGAAGCAGAGCUGUUUCGUCAGCCGUUGUGAAUAUGUUUUCCCAGGCAGCUGGUAUCAUCUCAUCAAAUAUCUACAGAACUGAUGAUGCUCCUUUGUAUCACAGAGGUAACGUUGUGUUGAUUGGACUCAGUGGUGCAACUAUUGCCCUGUGUCUUCUUUCAAUUCUCUACUAUAAGUUCAGAAACUACCAGAACGAGAAGAAGUGGAACGCAAUGACCGUGGAGGAACAAGAACGCUACGUGAAAGAGACAACAGACGAAGGAAACAAGAGAAUUGACUUCAGAUUUGUUUAUUGA